CGUAGGCGUGCGUGUGUGAGUGUGCCCACAGCUUCAGAAGCUAAAAAAAGCCAACUCAAGGAAAAGAUCGGCAGACUCACCCGUAUUCAGUGAACAAAAGCCCUAAAAAGUGCUGCAUUUUCCGGCUUUUCCACCACAAACGCUGUCCGUGCUUACGGAUUAGCUAUGUUGCUUCCCGUGUAAAGUGGAGGAGCUCGUUUCCGUCUACUUUUGGUGUUUCGAAAAAGGGAAGCAAUAAAACGGUGCUGUGUGCUAUGGUGAAAGCGUGCAGAAAGAGGGGCCCCGUUUAAUGUCGGUGACGACUUAGCUUCUUUUUUCUCUUCGCACGGGAACAAGAUUAAACCCGCUCGUUCACGGUGUUCAGUUUGGUGGCAAGUGUACGUUUUACGGUAGUUUUUGCGAAAUACAAACAGCGCCUGCACGAUGGCACCGCAGCCGCUGGAGCAGGGAGGAGCGGUGACGAGCUUCAUCCCGACGGGGCAGGAGAUGGCCCAGCGGCAGAAUCUGAUCCCGUUAGGGCGUUUGAUCGAUUUCAUCAUCCAGCGAACGUACCACGAGCUGACGGUGCUGGCGGAAUUGCUGCCCCGCAAAACCGACAUGGAUCGCAAGAUUGAAAUUUACAACUUUUCCGCCAGCACGCGGCAACUCUUCAUCCGGCUGCUCGCCCUGGUCAAGUGGGCCAACUCCGCCUCCAAGGUGGACAAGUCGGCCAAGAUUAUGGGGUUCCUGGACAAGCAGUCGAUGCUGUUCAUCGAUACGGCCGAUAUGCUGUCGCGCGUGGCACGCGAAACGCUCGUGCACGCCCGGCUGCCGAACUUUCACAUACCGGCGGCGGUGGAAAUCCUAACCACAGGGAGUUAUUCCCGCCUGCCGUCCGUCAUUCGCGAUCGGAUUGUGCCGCCCGACCCGAUCACGCCCGCCGAGAAGCGGCAAACGUUGCAGCGCUUGAAUCAGGUCAUCCAGCAUCGGCUGGUGACGGGCAGCUUGCUGCCGCAGUUGCGCAAAUUUCGCAUCGAAAACGGCCGCGUCACGUUCAAGGUGGACCACGAGUUUGAGGUGUCGCUUACGGUGAUGGGCGAUGCACCGACCGUACCGUGGCGGCUGCUGGACAUUGAUUUUCUGGUGGAAGAUAAGGAAACGGGCGAUGGGAAGGCGUUGGUCCAUCCGCUGCAGGUGAACUACAUCCAUCAACUGAUCCAGGGACGUAUCGUGGACUGUACGGAUGCGCUGGCGGAGGUGUACACCUGUCUGCACUACUUCUGCCAAUCGCUCCAGCUGGAAGUGUUGUACACGCAAACGCUCCGUCUGAUCCGCGAUCGGCUCGAUGAUCACAUCCACGUGGACGAGUACGUGGUGGGGUCGCGCCUGACCGUGUCGUACUGGCGCGAGCUCACGAACAAGGAUCCCAAAUCGGAACUCGGCUAUCGGCUAACGAUCCAAACCGAUCCGAACGAUGCGGCGAAACAACUGGCAAUCCUGCACGUACCGUCGAUCGGCAACAAGGAGGCGGACAUUGCGGACCGUGCCGUCCGGUCGGAUCUGCUGUCGAUGGAGCGGCUGCUGGUGCACACGGUGUACGUGCGGUCGCUCGCGCGUCUCAACGAUGUGAAAACCGAGCUGCAGCUCUUCCUGAAGGACGUUGAGUACAACAUUCAGGGCACGCCGGCCAUGCUGACCGUGCCGGUGCUGAACCCGUGCCUGCGUGCCGAGCACAUCUACAUCACGGUCGAUACGCACACGGGCAUGCUGCGCUGCCACGUGCCCAAGCACCUGGACUGUCCGAUCAUGCCCGAAAUGCAGCACGCACUGAACAACGAUUGGUCGAAGCUGCAGCACCUGAUAUCGGAGCUGCGCUACUGGAUCACCCAGCGGCGGUGCGAGAAGACGCUGCAGCAUUUGCCGGCCGCGACGCAGGACCGGUUGCCGCUGAUCUACUCGCACACCCAUCCAAUCGCACGGAUGGGCCCGCACAAGGUGUUCAUUCAGCUGUACCGACACGCGAACGUUAUUUUGAUCGUUGAGCUGAAGGAGAAGAAAACGUGCCCAAACGAAAUGACCUACACGUUUUACCUAGUGCUGGUGAAACCGUCCUCCGUCGAGGAGGGACAAUCGCCCGACGUGCUUAGCGGUCAGCCGGCUCAACCGUCGGCCGCGGGUGGUCCUGCACCCGGCAGCGAUGCGGCCAACGCCGCAAUGCCCAAGAUGUAUCUGCGCGUCCUGUCCAUGAUUGAGUUCGACACGUUUGUAGCGACACACGGCCCGGGCACGUACAUCGAUGAUCCGAGCCCGACCAGCACCAGCGGCACCAGCGUCAAGCGUAAGGUGUCCCCACUGGACAACGCGCUGUCGGCGAUCGGGCCACCGCUGAAGCAGCAAAAAACCAUCUACCCGGCGUACUUUAUCCCCGAGCUGGCCCACGUGGUGGCGAUGUGCGACGAGAAGCUACCGUUUGUCACGCUGGCGAAGGAGUUUUCGAUGCGCAAGAUACCGCACGGCGGUCUGCAGGUGGAAGCGAAUGCGACCUCACUCGUGCUGAAGCUGCUGACACUACCCCAGCCGAAGCCACCACAAGCGCCACCUACUCCCCAGCAGCAGCAGCAGCAGCAGCAGCAGCAACAGCAACAACCCGGAACAUCCGACGCCAAGUCGUCCGGUGCUGGCGCAUCGGCAAACGAACCGAAAACCGUACACGUGCCAUCGAUCGACAAGCAGGUGUGGAAUGCGCUGCUCAAGCGUCUGCUCUCCGUGUCCGUACGGGCUCAGGUGAACAAGAGCAACCAGACGCGCCUCUGGACGAUGGAGCUCGUCUUCUACGGCUCCCCGCUGCCCAGCCUGCACCACAAGGAGCAGGGCAUGCGGCGGGCCGUCUAUCUGCAGUACGAAAUGCAACCGGUCGAGUCGGUGUCCAAGGUGGUCGAUCAGCUGCUGAGCGACUGGUCCAAGAUCGUGUACCUGUACACGCUCGUGCACGAGUUCCGCGAGCAGUACAACAACGAAAAGUACAACCUGGCCAGCAUGGUGGCGAUCAAAUCGUACAGCUACACCAACCUGCUGCUCGCCUACGGCCCGAACAAGGACGUCAGCGUGAACAUCUGCUGGGACACGGAGGCGAAGGAGUUCCGGCUCGUCUUCACCGGCGGCAACAGCGCGAUCAACGCACACUCGAUGAUGCGCGACCAGCUGCAGGCCCACCUGAACCACAACUACAGCCUGGCGCAGGUCGUGCACAUGCUGCACGAAACGUACCAGCCGCUCAGCUCGAUCGCCAAGCUGCCGAUCAUACCGCAUCUGGCGAUCCUGCAGUCGCCCAAAAUCCCGGUCCUGUCCUUCUGCAUCAUCCCACAGUCGCCGACGCUGUUGCGCAUCUCCUUCCAGGGUGUGUACUGUCUGGAGGUGCGGUUCCGGGGCGGCGGCCUGUGCACGAUCCGGGACGGUGCGUACAGCCGCUUCGACCGGAGCCACGUGGUGGAGGAAUUCACGCCGACGCAAGGGUUGAAGGGCUUCCUGUCGAAGUACGUGGACGAGACGGCCGUCUUUCGGCGCCGGUCCCAAUCGGAGGAUGAUAAUCCACCCUCCCCCGUGACGCUGGAAGAUCCUUCCGCUGGUGCUGGGAACAAUGGUGGCGGUGGAGGUGGUGGUGGCGGUGCUGGGGGUGGUGCUAAUACAUUCCUCAGCGGGGGAACGGGCAUGAGGGGACCGCAGAGCCCGCGCGAUCCGGGGCUACGGUUUGCGGCGCCGCUUACCCCACCCACCAGCUCCAACCCGCACACCCCCGCCAGUCCACACCCGAUCGGUGGUGGAGGUGGUGCCGGCGGAGCUGGUGGCGCUGGUGGCCAGGGUGGCCAGGGGGGACAGCAGCAGGGUCAUAUGAAUAAUUUCAACAUGACGUCACCGCCUGCCUCGCACAUGCCGCAUCCGUCGCCGGGCGGAGGGCUGAUGCCGUCGUCGCCGCUGAACGCCCAACCGAGCCCGAUGGCGGCACACUCACCCGGGCCGAGCAGCCUGUCGUACAUGCAGAGCCACACCGAUGGUAGCCCGUUCGCGGCACUCUCGCCCGCCGCCUCGAACUGGCCCGGUUCGCCUGGGAUGCCGCGGCCGUCACCCCGUCCCGGCCAAAGCCCGGAACAUAAAGUACAAAGUAAGCACAGUAGGGGGAAAAGAGUUGUUUCGGAGUCGUUAAAUACGUAUUUUUUUUUUCUUUUCAUAGCGUCUCAUCAUUACACGUCACGCGUUUUGCCAGCACGCUCGUGGGCGGGAGCGAUCCCAACCACGCUGACCUACGAAGCACUGGAUACGCUUUGUCGUGCCACGCCUCACCCGCAAAAGGAAGUGCCUGGACCGGAGCUGAGCCCGCUGGAACGCUUCCUCGGGUCGGUGUUUAUGCGCCGACAGCUACAGCGUAUCAUUCACCAGGAAGAAAGCCUAAUGGCAAUUACCUCGAACGAGCCGGGUGUGGUCGUAUUCAAAGCGGACUGUCUGCAGUACCAAGUCUUCCUCAACCCGAACCACAUGCAAUCGCUCCACCUGAAGGUGGACCAGCUGCCGAUGGGGCCGAUGAUGGACGGCAAACCGCCGUACCAGUGGGCCGCCCAGGACCUGCAGAUCCUGGAGCAGUUCUUCGACCACCGGGUAGCCGCCCCGCCCUACCGGCCCGCCGUCAUGACGAGCUUCACGCGCAUGCUCAACCUGCCGGCCAAGGUGCUGAAAGACUUCAUCCAAAUAAUGCGCCUCGAUCUGAUGCCCGAGCUGGUGCAGGGCAACAAGUGGAACGUGCAGUUCGUGCUGCGUGUUCCCCCGUCGGCCACACCGAUCGUGCCGGUCGGCACUACGACGAUCCUGUCCCAUCGGCAGAAGAUACUGUUCUUCAUCCAGAUUACGCGCGUCCCGUACCUGCCCAACAUGGAGUGGAAGGAUGCGGUCACGAUGCUCCUGCCGAUGGUGUACGACAUGAACAUGAACCACACGACGCUGGCCGAGCGGCGCGAACCGAUGCCACCGCAGCUGACCAGUGCGGUCAGCGCGCAUUUGCGCCGCUUUUCCGAGUGCUCCGUGCUGCUGCCGGACGAGUGCUCGCUCUUUCCGGCCGUGCACGAUCUGCUGCUAACGCUAACGCUUCCGAACGAACCGCCCGCACCGGGCCAGAUGCAGAUGCAGCAGCUCGGUGGUGUGAUGCAACCGGGAGGAGGUCCGGGUGUUCCGGGAGGUCCCGGUGGACCGAUGGGAGGACAGAUCGGUGGUCCCACGCCGCAGGUAGUGCCGCAGGUUGGCUCCAGCCCUAGCCCCAUGAUGCACUCGCCGAUGCAACAGAUGGGCGGUGGUGGACCACAGCCCGGAGCGUACGGUGGGAUGGUGGGAGGACCUGGUGGAGGGCCACAAUCCGGCGGUCCCGUUGGUGGUGGUCCCGGUGGACCGAAUUAAACAAAAGUGUGUGUAUGUGUGUAAACAAAAUCAAAUUACAGAUAAUGCAAACAACAACAACAACCGCAGCGCUCUUAUUUAACUAAUGUAAAACUUGUAUUGUAAAAUAUAGAACGCACCUUUGCAAAGGCCGUACCGACGUGCAA